AUGACCGAGGGCGUUUCCUCAGCUGUCCGCGCAGCUCCAUACAGCCACAGACCACCCAGUCCACCCUACAUCCCGAUUCCCAUGACGCUUCCUAGAAGCAACGAGUCCGCCAGUCUGAAGCCUUCUUACGACAACGUGGAUUCAAUGAGGUUGACCAGCGAGGAUCUCGGCAUCAUCACUCGCAAUGUGAAACAAGCAAUCACCGAUAGAUCAACUAAUUGGAACUACAAAGCUCGUCGCAAAGCGCAGCCGAUUCUCGACUUUCUCUACCUGGGCCCGCUUUCUGUCGCCCGUGACGCAGAAUGGCUCGCCAAGGAAGGCAUCACCAUGAUCAUUGCCGCCCGGCAUUCUCGAGUCGCCCAAGCCCGGUUGAUGAGCGUCGACAAUGUCGCGAGACAACUUGGCAUUCUGGUCGAGUAUCUUGACGUUUCCGACAACGGAGAGCUCAUCAGAAAUUUUCCCGAGGUUGUCAGAAAGAUCAAUGAUCACCUUCUCCAAGUUUAUCGCUCCCAGGCCUUGGCCAUGCAGCAAGGUCAAAUUGUCAUUGAUGCGGCAAAUUUCAAGCCCGGGAAGGUCCUUAUCGUAUGCGAGACGGGCAACGAUCGUUCAGCUUUUGUCGUCGCCGCGUACGUCAUGACCGUGUACGGAAAGGACAUGGUCUCCAGUGUUCAGUUCGUUUCUUUACAGCGAUUCUCAGUCAACUUCGAUGAGGAUGGCAAGAGAAUGCUGCAGGCUUAUGAAGACAUUCUCAGUGCUCAAAAGCACGUCUCUUACGCGACGAGAGACGUUCCACGAGCCGGGCAACUCGAUGGGCGUACGGGGGGAGGCAAGCGACGUAUCGAAGCAACUCUUGAUGAGGACGACAGGCAAGAAGGCGACGGCUACGACGCGUUUGUUGUCGACCGCGCUCGGUACGAGGACAGGGCCAAGUUUGUACCUUUCAUUGAUGGUGGAGAAACGUUGCAAGACGAGGACGACGACAACGACGAUGAGUACGAGAAGUCGGGUAAUCGUGAUGAGUAUGGGGAGGCUGAGUCUGAUCCCGGUGUUUCGGGUAGACGGCUGCGACGUUCAACUCUUUCACACCAGCCUGGUCGCUACGCUGAGAUGCUGGUGGCUGGUGUUGAGAAACCAGCUUUCACACUCCCUGAUCCCAUCUUUGAUCCGGAGCCCUCGCGCCACUGUGCUUUUCCGACCAUCGAGCUCGACGAGUACCCCGGCCCCAGCGAGCUUUUCCUGGAAGCCAGGGCCAGGGGCGAAACGGGAACUGGUGCUCAUAUGCACAGACAGUCUCCUUUUGCUGAAGAUGGCUUGCGAGAUGAACAGGGUGCCCGCCCGGCUUUGGUGGCCCAUCUGCCCCCUUAUGAGAGUCAAGCCAUUGACGAUGACGAAGAAGAUGGUGAUCCCUUCAUUGAGGAUAAUCAUCAGUCUUCAUCUCCCCCGCGCGACCUCAUUAGAGGCGAAAGCUUCAAAGACUUCAACUUGGCUGUCACACAGGGUCUUGACUGGGGAUCCCCUGAGCCUGAGCCUGAGCCUGAGCCUGAGCCCCAGCUCCCUGGCAUCUAUGGCUUCGACCGAGAAAACAUCUUCCAUCCUGAAGUCGAGGCUCCCCCUGAUGACUGGUCUAAAAUCGGAGUGGGAGUACAAUGGGUGAUUAUUGCAACCCUCUGUCAGGCGUACCCAUUCUCCGUGGCAGUCCAGAAGUUGCAACUCACGACUCGGCAAAUCACCACUUUCGUCCAGACUUACAUCCGAUGCAACGAGAAGAUUAUUGAGUGGUGCGAUAAGAUCGAUCGAACCCCGGUCUCUGAUCUCAUCCGAAGCGCAGAAGAGCGUUCCAUGUCUGUGGAUUACUACAUGCAAUUGGCACGACCUGAGCUCCCAACAGACAUCAUGUUCCGUUUUCAACUCGAGCAAGCCCGCGGCUUCUUGCGCAAGAUCCGUCACGGCGCACUUGUCGAGAUUCUGGGCAGAUGGCGUGGCACCUCCACCAGCUUCGUGGAGCUACCCAUCCACCCUGAUAUUCUGGACACUUGCCGCUCCAUGUUGUACAGAGAGAGACCAAUCAAUCUGCAGGACUUUCGUCCCAUCAAAGAACGCUUGCCGACUCCUUGGCUCGAGCGCCUUCACGACACGACGGACUUCCACAACGGUCUCGCCCAUUUCCACGACUACUAUAUGGGACCUUAUGCAGCAAACCCUUUUGCAGACCCCUUUGCAUUGGAUCCCAAUGUCGUCGACACGACUGAUCCGCAGAAUGUCACGCAGCCCGAGGCGUCUUCGAGUGACCCGUCCAUGGGAUCAACUCAAGAGAGCAACGAGAUACCAUCCAGACCAAAGACCAGUCAACUGGGCCAGUCUGGUCGUGCCCAAAGCCAUGCUUCUUCUUGGAACGCGGAUGAGGCCAACUCUUUCCAGCUUGACCAGCAACCCGCCCCCGAGCUGCAGUUCACCUACAACCAAGCAAGCGUUCAAGAUCCCCAUGUUGCUGAGUCUCUUCGCAAGAAUCCUUUCAAGCGUCCUGCGGAUCACCACAAGAAUGGCACGGAUCAUCCUGACCCUUUCCCUACAUCCGAUGAUCCUUUGCAGCCCGCCAAUGAAAUGGGACCUUCGCAGGUUGCCUCCAUGAUGAUCUCUCGACAGCAACGCAAAGAUACACCUCGCCCUGGUCGGAGCUUGCAAGGUCCUGCGAAACACGGUGCCCCCAAGGUGAAAUUCCAGGGCUUUGCUAGAACAGUCUCUUCGCAUGGUCCCAAGCCAUUCAAGGACUCUGCUUCCGGACUUGGCAGCUACAUGUCCUUGAAUGCCAACCGCGGAAGUGCAAGUUACACUUCGCCGUACCUGUUCAACACUCCUCCUAAGGAGUCGGUGCACUCUGCGCAGUUGGAGCCUCGUUUCGAGCUCAAGAUGCCCGAGGCAGCGCGGCCUAGUGCGGAGCAAUGCAGCUUUGGCGAGAACGUCCCUGGAGGCAAUGGUAGGGGCACAGAACACGGCAUGGACUCUUUCGUGAACGACAUUGUCACUGAAGGUAGCAAUGAGGUGCUCCCCGCGCAGCCACAAGACAGUGUCCCCACACAGCGAUCUCGCAAGCGGGCUGCGGAGGACAGCGAGGAAGAGUAUUACGAGCAGGACGACGACAAAGACGAUGACUGGGUCCAGCCGCGCAAGAGACCUCGCAAGUCGAAUGCCACAGAGCCGAGUACUCGGAACAACAAGAAGACAGGCGCGGCUAAGUCCAAGGCAACCAAAAACAAGAAGAAGGCGCCUGAGAUAGGUCCGGACGGACAGCCUAUAAAGCGUCCUCGAGGACGCCCCAGAAAGCACCCGAGGCCUGAGGACGUUCGCAAUCAGUCUUCUAGCAACGUUGGCCUGGCAGGUGUUGCCGCGACUGGUCUCGAGAGCUCAUCAAAGAAGGCUGCCUCAGAGAGGCAGGACAGCAGUCAGUCUUUGGCGAAUGAUGUACAUCAGACGGCCGAGUCAACGGGCACUGAGGCUUCAGGAACGCACGCCUCCUCGAUGUCUGAGUCUCUUGCGCCCACUACAAAGGCCCACGAGACUAAGAAGAAGACUCCGAUCAAGCUGAAGUUGUUGAACUCAAACCGUCAAUCAUCCACUGCGCGUGCCCCGACGACAACUGCCGAAGCUUCAUACGACCGCCAAUCUCACUCGCAGCUGGCAGGAUCGGGACUGGCUCCUUGGCAAUCGUCAAACUCCCCACCUCAGUUUGGAGAGAAUCUUGCUUCUACCGCUGGAGGUUUCCAGAUGCCUACCGAAACUCGCGCCCCGGGUGAAGUUCGCCAAAAUCAAAGCAUAAGUCAGACUGAGGCAAGUACAUAUAGCCACUCACGCAAUACACAGUACGCUAACUAUCAGGAGUUCUGGAAUGACUAUGAGAACGGCAAGAAGAUGUUCCACGAGGCCGCAAUGCGCGGUCUGAUGGCCGACAGGAUGAUGAUGCGCCAUAACGCUCAUCACGCUCAUCACGCUCAUCGCGCCGCCACUACCAGCAUCACCAAUGUCCAGAGCAAACCUCAGAUGUCUUCGGCACCUACUACGUCGGCCGGAAAGAAAACCCAGAAGCCACCCACUCGAGCCCAAAGAGCAGCACAAGUUAGCAGAAUGUCUGGCCCGCAGAUUCGACAAGCUCCCCCGCAGGAGCAUGCUCAGAGCUGGGCUGAGAGUCUCGUGCUUAGAGCUCCAGUCACUGCCGUCACUGGUCGCCAGAGCCAGCAGGCCGUUUCUCAAGACCCCAACCAGAGCUCGGCUGAGACUAGCAUGCUCGGAGCUCCUGUAGCCCCCAGUUCCAGUCCGCAAAGCCAGCAAGCUCGUCCUCAAGGCCCUACAUACAGCUUGGCUGAGACUACCGUGCUCAGGACUCCUGCGACCACUGGUCCCUGUCCGCAAGGCCAACAAACUCCUGCACAGGCUCAUGUUCAGCUUUCUGAUGAAGCUCCUGCUCAAGAUCCCACACACUGCUGGGUGGAGACUGGUAUGCACGAAACUCCCAUUACCACUGGCUUCAGUUUGCAAAGCCAGCAAGCUCCUACCCAGGGCUUUGCUCAGGUUCCUGCUGAGGUUCCUGCUGAGACUCCAAUUCAAGAUCUUGCUCGAGAUCCUACACCUCUCUGGGCUAAGACUUUCGUGUUCGACAAUCGUGUCAACGUUGGCCCCGAGGCAGCAUCUCCUGCAAACACAGUCGGCUGGUCGGAGUAUGGAUCUACGUCUACUCAGCCUCCCCAUGCCCCUGAUGCGACCGAGCAGCAGACCAUCGACCCAAACGCCUCCCUAGCCAGCGAUAUCGAUCCGGAACUGAUGGGAAGAAUGAUGUGGCUCAGGGACACUUUGGCUAACGAAGAUUGA